GUGGCGGCGGCUCGCGCAGCUUGUUGGCUCACUAUAUAAAGGGGAGAAGCGGGCGGACCGGACGGCUGGAGCUGCAGCCGGUGGCGGCAGCGGCGGCGCGGGGAGCGGCGACCGGUGGUGGUUCCCCUCCUUGGUGCGGGGUGGGGAGCGGGCAACGCCCCCCAGGACCCCUGAAGGGUCGUGGCCUUUUUUUUUUUAAGGGCGAUUCUCGAGUUUUUAGCUCCGAGGACUGCUCUCCUCCUUCUCUACCUCCUCUCACCGCUCCCCUCUCCUCCGUCAGGAUCCGAUUUUGUUUGAAAAAUUUUUCCCCCCAAUUUUGCGGUGGCUUGGGUCACCCUCCGGGUGUUCUUUUUUUGUUUGUUUUUGUUUUUAUCUUUUCUCGGGGUUGCCCCCCUCUUGUUUGUGUUGUGUGUGGAAAUGGCGAACUCGGCAAAUACAAACACCGUGCCUAAAUUAUACAGAUCUGUGAUUGAAGAUGUAAUUAAUGAUGUGAGAGACAUCUUUUUGGAUGAUGGAGUCGAUGAACAAGUUCUGAUGGAACUAAAGACUUUAUGGGAGAAUAAACUCAUGCAGUCUAGGGCAGUAGAUGGAUUUCAUUCAGAAGAGCAGCAGCUUUUACUGCAAGUUCAGCAGCAGCAGCAACCCCAGCAGCAGCAGCAUCACCACCACCACCACCACCAGGCUCAACCGCAGCCAACAGUACCUCAGCAAGCGCAGACCCAGCAGGUCCUCAUUCCUGCGUCACAGCAAGCUGCAGCACCACAAGUUAUUGUUCCUGAUUCUAAGCUGAUACAACAUAUGAAUGCAUCAAACAUGAGUGCUGCUGCUACAGCUGCUACCUUAGCACUCCCUGCCGGUGUGACUCCUGUUCAACAGAUAUUAACAAAUUCAGGCCAGCUUCUUCAAGUGGUCAGAGCAGCCAAUGGUGCCCAGUAUAUCUUUCAGCCUCAGCAGUCAGUAGUUCUACAACAGCAGGUUAUACCACAAAUGCAGCCUGGUGGAGUACAAGCUCCUGUUAUACAACAGGUACUGGCCCCUCUUCCUGGAGGGAUUUCACCACAAACAGGUGUUAUCAUCCAGCCCCAGCAAAUCUUAUUUACAGGAAAUAAGACUCAAGUUAUACCUACAACGGUGGCAGCACCUACACCAGCACAAGCACAGCUAACCGCAGCUGGCCAACAGCAGCCACAGGCCCAGCCUGCUCAACAGCAAGCCCCACUGGUGUUGCAGGUUGAUGGGACUGGGGAUACGUCAUCUGAAGAAGAUGAAGAUGAAGAAGAAGACUAUGAUGAUGAGGAGGAAGAAGACAAAGAGAAAGAUGGAGCUGAAGAUGGGCAGGUAGAAGAGGAACCGCUCAAUAGUGAAGAUGAUGUGAGUGAUGAGGAAGGACAGGAACUCUUUGAUACAGAAAAUGUUGUUGUAUGCCAAUAUGAUAAGAUACACAGAAGUAAAAACAAAUGGAAAUUUCAUCUCAAGGAUGGCAUUAUGAAUCUUAAUGGAAGAGAUUAUAUAUUUUCCAAAGCCAUUGGAGAUGCAGAAUGGUGAAGAGUUGGUUCUUUUCUUU